CCAAAAAAUAAAUUGCUGUUUUGCUUUAUUAAAAAUUUAAAAUUAUUCAUUCAAACAAGUUCAGAAAUUAAAUCAAGAUGGUUAAUAAUGAUAUGUGUCGUUUUUGCCUUGAUUCGACGGAGGAGAAAACUUUUUAUCCCUUAGACUUAGAAAUGUCAAUCUUGGAAAUGGGAAGUGGCACAAAAGUAACCAUCGGGGAUGCUCUCAAAUACAUUGAAAUGGAUGUAAUGAUUCCCAGUAAUGAGACAAAGACACAAAAAUCAGAACAAUCAGAGGCUGAAGAUACAGAAGAGGAAUCAAAUGAAAAAGCAAGUGAAGAGGAAGUUGAUCAUCCUGAUUUACCAAAAUCCUUAUGUCAGGAAUGCUUGGAUAAGCUUCAGUCUAUUUAUGAGUUCAAAUAUCGAGUACUUGAAAAUCGUGAAUACUUGAAAGGAUACAUAAAAGAGCUAGCAGAAGCACGUUUGGCAGAAGAAAAAGCUGCGCGCCAAGCUAUCGCUCAAGAAUUGGAUAUUGAUCUUAACAACCUUGACAAUUUACCUGACAAAUUGGUGCUUAGAAAAGACGUCAGCAAGACAAGGAGACCAAGAAAACCACGCGAUCCAAGUGAACCAGGAAAACCACGACAAAAGCGUCGAGUUCCAGAUAAAAACAUCAUAAUUGCUGAUGAUAGUCAAGUAGAUACUGCUAUAUAUGUUCGUAAAGUUGUUGUAACGCCAGAAAAGGCAUCACCAGACCAAAAGCAUUCCAAUAAACGCAAAUCCAAACAUGUAGUAAUUGAGGAUAUAGCCGUUGGUGAAAAACCAAAGCCUCCAAAAUAUGACCGCCAUAUAAAGAAGAAGGAGCCAUUGUGUGAUGAAAAUAAUUUAAAUAAGAGCAACAGUGGAGAAAAUGAGACAGAAACACUUGAGGCAGCUAAGGAAGCACCAAGGAAAGAAAGGAGGGAUGAUGAGCCAAUUUUUGAGGAUGAUGAAGACUUUGAAAAGGAAAAGCGACCAAAAAGGCAAAGAAAAUGAGCUACAAAAAUUAGAUUUAAUAUUGAUAUGUUUUUAUUUCCAAAAUUGUCCCUAAAAUUGUAUUUUUGAGUUAAAUUCAUUGACAAAUUUCAUUUUCUUGAGCAAAUAAAAUUUCAUUGAGAUUGUAUAGCAACUGAAUGCGUUCAC